AAGAGAAAGAGAGAGAGAGGAGGAGGGGGGCGAGGUGGUCCGAGUGCUCCGGGGAGAAAUCUGGUGACAAAUCAAGGGGCACGGCGAACAGAGCGGAGGUAAUGCGGUGCUUUUGGCUGGCUGGGCUGGAGCAUCAGGCUGACACAUUGCGAAUAUGACUGGAGUUUACUCUGUCCCCUUCGCAGGGUCAUCUGAAGCCACCUUUUUGGUGUUAAGUCGAUCCACUGCGAUGGACACAAACCAGGCAACUAUUCAUUUCAAAAAGAGCGUCUGGAAGUCAGCCGUUGCGGAGAGGAGCGACUGGUUGGCAACAUGCUGAGGGGUGCAGCAGACGUCAAUCCAGAGAUACCUGCGCGGUGAGAGGGAGCCCAGCCGACAUCCGCGCUGCUACAAGUUCGCCUGACCGGACGGACCUCCCGCGACUGCUUCUCUGGCUCAGCGAUCCGAAGUGAUUUCGCGUGGGUUCACACGGGCUGUCUUCACAUCUUCAUGGGACAACUGGACUAAACAGAUCGCCCCUCACCAGAGCUUGACGGAGCAAUGCGUUGAUCGGAUAAAAAAGUCGACCCGUUACGCUGAGUUUGUACUUUUCUGCUUGGACAUCACGCAGCAAAUCCCAGCCACCUUGGAAUGCUUGGAUGCUUUGCGGAGACGAUGGACUGCAUUUAGAGUUCAGCGAAAGUUUUUAUUUUUAUUUUUUUGUAUGCCUCCCCCCGCCCCCAAUACAUUUUGAUAAACCCUUUGGGUGUCAGACUUGGAAAGGGUGUUGAGCCCACCUGAAGCUCACAUUCGUACACCCAGUAUAGAGCUCUCAAGGGCCGUCUCCACCCGUUUUUUUCUUUUCUUUUUUUAACAUUUUCCUUGGGUUUGCAUCAGUGAAUCCCGAAGUGGCUCCGCGGUGGUGUGCGGGAUCCUCGUCCCCGGCGGAUCCGGAGAGCGGGGUCUCUCCCGCGGGAGGGGGUGCCACAGCUUCCCCGCAGUGUCCAAAAUCCGCUCGGCUCAAGAGGAUGGUGCGGCUGGUGGCAGAGAUCCUACUGCUUAUUGGACUGCUUCUCCUGACUCUACAUAUCACGGUCCUCAAGAGUAGCCCCCUGCAAUCGGGAAACGCCAGUCACAUCGGCGACAAAGACGCCGCACAGAACAACCUGAAUGAUGAAAGACCUGCAGUGUUCUCUUCCACGUUUCACACACCUGGCAGCCGGCGCACGUUCCCCGAGCACCGCAUAACCCACCGGCCUCUCCCGAAGCACAACUCACAGCAAGAUGGAGUCGGAGCAUCUGUACAGAGAGAUGGGCCUGGUGCUUUUUUACUAGACCUUCAUAACUUCCCUGACUUGUCAAACGCAGAUAUAAAUGGACAGAACCCCAAUAUUCAGGUGACGAUUGAGGUGGUUGAUGGGCCAGAGCUGGAACCUGAAAAAGAGGUGCAGAAAGAGAGCAAGCCUAGCUGGUCAUCCCCAGGCUGGAGAAGCUGGUGGCCAAGAUCAUCAAGUUCAGCACAGCAGCCUGACACUCAGCAGGACUACAACUAUGAAGUGACAGCAGAAGACAGCAACUUUCUGAAGCCUGUUGGCACUUGGGACCAUCACACAGGCUUGAGUCAGAAAAGCUUUGAGGCAAAGGGGCAGCAAGAGUAUGAUUACAUGGAUGGAGAAGGAGACUGGAGUGCCUGGUCAGUGUGCAGUGUCACUUGCGGAAAUGGCAAUCAGAAGCGCACCCGUUCUUGUGGCUACGCUUGCACGGCCACCGAAUCCCGGACCUGCGAUAUGCCUAGUUGUCCUGGAAUUGAAGACACAUUCAGGACCGCUGCCACUGAAGUCAGCCUCCUUGCUGGAACAGAUGACUUCAAUGCUACAGAGCUGUUUGGAGUUGACACUGACAGCUGUGAGAGAUGGAUGAACUGCAAAAGUGAAUUCCUGAAGAAGUAUAUGCUUAAAGUAGCCAACGACCUUCCCAGCUGUCCUUGCACCUACCCUACUGAGGUGGCUUAUAGCACAGCUGAUAUCUAUGACAAAGGUAUGAGAAAAGACUUCCGGUGGAAGGAUGCUAGUGGGCCAAAAGAGAAGCUGGAGAUAUACAAGCCGACAGCUCGCUAUUGCAUUCGCUCCAUGCUAACCCUCGAGAGCACCACGUUGGCUGCUCAACACUGUUGCUAUGAUGACAACAUGAAGCUCAUCACUCGAGGGAAGGGAGCUGGCACUCCUAACCUCAUCAGCACCGAAUUUUCUGCUGAUCUGCAUUACAAAGUGGACAUACUUCCAUGGAUAAUCUGCAAAGGGGACUGGAGCCGUUACAAUGAAGUCAGACCCCCAAACAAUGGACAAAAAUGUUUUGAAAAUCCAUUGGAUGAAGACUUCAAUAAACAGUUUCAGGAAGCUAGAGAGUUUUAGAAGCAGACAUCACCCUUCUGUGAAUGGCAGUCAUAGACCCAUCACAUCACCUUUACAUUUGUUUAGAGGAACAACAGACUGAGCUCAUUAUCUAACUGUAUCUGUUGUGGUUGGGAGUUCUGGCCUGCUCAAGGUGUCUCUGGAAUGCAUGGAAAUCCUCCAUCAUGGCCAUUUCACAGUUUUGAAAAAGAAAAUUUGAAAGCUGUUUAGACAGUCAUCUAAACGUACUUGUCGUGGAAAAAAUGUGACUGUGACAUUCAGGUGUUUUACAAAGACAGUCAGAGAGAGAUCAUUCAUAAGCUGCUUUUUGAAUCUGUACCUUCACAAUCCCCUUGGCCUGACACAAAGAAAGAUGGAAGAAAGUAUUGUGCUUUAAAAUGGCAAUCCUUUAUUACAUGUGGGAAAUAAAAUAUAGACAAAAUUCAUACUAACAGGUUAAAACGAAACAACCCCCUCAACCUACUAUUGUGUCUUUUCCAUCCCAUUCAUAUUGAAGAAAGCAAAGGGGUGCUGCAUUAGGCUUGAGUACAAUAUGUUGUAACAGGGACCCCUCGGCAGUGGCACUGGGAGCCCUCCCUGGAGGGUAAACUUCAGUUCAUUUACUGAGGGUCCAAGCCUCUUGAAAGCUUCUUUAUUUAGCAUGGACUAAAUUACCAAGAUCAAGAAUAUUCAAUGGAGAAUCCUAUUUUUUUUUCUGGUCUCUACAAUUCUUAUUGAUGUUCAAAUAAAGUCUGCAUUAUUUUUGUAAAGUAUUUAUUAAGAGGUACCAGCAUCCUUCACAUUGGGUGUUUUACUCUGUGAUCACUAGUCAUUGUACAUCAGGAGCGUUCUUUGUAUAAACACAUAACCAGAGGCUUGUCUGCAACAGUGAACGCUUUAAUAAAAAUCAUAGCUCGGCCA